AUGACGCUAGCCAAUAUGACCAUUGAGCUCCAAAAGAAGCAUGAACACAUGGAUGUCCAAUCCAUGAUUCUUCACCUUAGAGAACUGUUCGAUAAGGAGGGUCGCACUAAGAGAUAUGAGAUCUCUAAAGAACUAUUUCGAUGCAAGAUCGCAGAAGGUAGUUUUGUUAGACCCUAUGUGCUAGAGAUGAUUGGACUCAUCGAGAGACUUGGACAAUUAGGACUAGCAAUGGAUCAUGAGUUAAGUAUAGACUUAGAUCUACAAUUUCUUCUUGACACCUUCAGUCAAUUCGUGUUGAACUUCCAUAUGAAUCGAUUGAAAGCUACUUUUCCCGAAGUUCUGAAUAUGCUAGACACGACAGAGAGGUCCAUCAGGAAAUAUAAGGGAUCAUUGCUUCUUGUUUCUUCUUCCACGACUCAUACGAAGCAACAGAAGAAGAAAGCCUAA